CCUACCAACAAGGAGUGCAUGCUAGGAUUCAACAGCUUGGUCGAGCAGGUCCAAGGAGCAUCGUUACUGACGUUAGCGUAUAGCGAGGAGAUGAGACCGUCAAAGAAGCAAAGACCGUCCAAUGACCCUACUACUUGUAGUAGUAUAGUUUUUGGUAUUAAAAUAUUAUGUUGCACCGUCCGCAGGUGGUACAUUAUCAACCAGGGAGGCACAGGUUUCCUGAAAACUUGAAAUGAGUAUUGUAGAUAUUAGGCCUACGAAACGUUCCGAAAUUUAUUCCUGAAGAGCAUCGCGGAACAAAGCGACCGCGACCAUUUGCUGUGAAAUGAAUGAGCCGUCGAUCUUGCGUGAUGCGCUGGGAGACUGCAUUCCCUGGCGACUGCGGAGGCGCUCCACAACUGCGAGGCAGGUAGCACUUCAGGUUCACACUCCCCACGCGUCUGGUGAAGAUAUCGCACGAGAACGUCAUGGCUGCAGUAUCUCUUCAUCGCCUUCAGAAGCCGGAUCUGGUGGUAGUCGACAGGGGUCGGGAAAAUCCCUGACCGAUACUGAGCGCAAGGAUGCGAGAAUCCACGCGCAGAACACACUGGUAACAAUGCUAUCGACUUUCUUCGUGAAAACACCGUUCUAUGGCUUGCUGUACUUGGAGAGCUCCAUCAAUGCUGUUGGCGGUUUGGGAGAGAUUUGCUACGCAAUGUUCUUCAUACCGGCGUUAUUUAGUGUGACCCUGCUGGGACCAUUGCUGACACGUCGGCUGGGGAUUUAUCGCGUGGUCCAACUCUCCCUGAUCCCGUUUAGCGUAUUUGUGACGUCACAUUUCAAGAUCAUCCCUGGAUAUUUUCUGACGACGUGUGCCAUGGUUGGCAUGGUGAAUAUGAUGCUUGGCUCCACCAUGGUCCAAGUGGCGAACACUGGUGCGGCCGAAUAUGCCUCCAUAUAUGGUAUUGGUCCAGAGCGUGUCAGCCCGCGUUUCAAUAGCAUUGUGUACGGCGGCAUUGUAUCCAGCAGUCUGAUGGGCUCGCUUAUUUCAUCACUGGUACUGCACAACUCCAGGCGAUCAUCUUCACCAGACCGCACUACUCAGCCUCUAUGGGACUCGGGACAGUGUAAUUAUCCUGUUGAAACGCUCGUGAUCUCUGGAAAAGAUCGCAAGCUGCUAUUGUCUAUCUACCUUGGUGUAGGCAUACUUGGUCUCCUCGUGUCACUUCUCCUGCGACAACCUUCAAAGACCGUCAUCCAGGCCAAGUUGGCGAAAUCCACAGUGUGGCAACAGGUCACCGCUACGCUGCGCUUGAUCGGCAACAUCGAUUUGCUACUCCUGAUACCGGUCUUCUUCGCAAUAGGACUGCAGAAGGAAGCUCUGGGAAGCAACAUCACUUCGUUCUUCAUAACGCCAUGCCUCGGAGUGGGGUACGUCGGCUAUUCGCUGGUCUGCUACAGCACGGGCAACUUCCUGGGUUUGCUGAUCAUUCCGACGAUGAUGAAACACGCCAACAAGGUCCUCGUCAUCCUCGGUGCCAUGCUGGUGCAGCUGAGCGUUAUGCUGACACUGCUGCUAUGGCAACCAACGGAGAACAUGCCCCUGCUGUUUGGACUGGUGGCGAUGUGGGGGAUCGGUGAUGCCAUGUGGAAUGUGCCUAUAACAGUUAUCCUUGGUGCUGUGUUCACACACGACCAAGAGGCUGCCUCGGCUAACUACAAGAUGUGGCAAGGCAUGGCUAGCGGUGUGGCAGCGUUCUACAGCCAGAGGAUAGGCCGCUGUACUGGUGAGCUGCGUGUCAAGUUUGUAUACCACAUCUUAAUGUCGGUGCUUGGUGCCGUGAUGUUCUGCAUCGUGGAGUGGAGGCUGAUGCAGCGACGGCGGCAGAAGAACAAGGAGAUUCGGGGCGGGGAAGAAAGCUUUGAGCUGCUCGCCGUGCCUGAACAAGAUACCAUGUAGAUUUUCAAUUGAGCGGGCAUUCACCGUUUAGCUACAGGAAUAUUGGUGCGUUUCAUCUGAUCAAUGAACUCAACCAGUGUUCUUUCACUCAUUUUUCUGCCGGUUUAGUCGAAUUUGAACUUGGAUAUUGAGCCUAAUAGCACACAUAUCUAGUUUACUUUUUACUCGAUCUGCGGACAGAACUGUUUCGUCCUUCGUGGACUCGUCAGCGUGGAACCGAGAAAAUGAGGCUGAACCUGAUAGCAAUGAAAAAAAUCUUUCCAAAGCCAGACUUAAACCAGGAACUAAUUAUAUCAACCAUACACAAUGCUGUUAGCUCUGUUUUGAAAUUUUAAGUCAAUUGUAACAUUUUUUUCUUUAUAGUCCUCAGAAACCUUCAGCACCACCACUACCGGCGAAAACACAUCCGCUGCUGCUACCAUAACCGCAUUGCUGUCUUGACUAACCCAUCGUUGAUAGACAACAACCCCAAUUGAGACUGAGAGAAAAAUUCCAACCUUGAUCAACUAAUACUUUAAUUUUUUUCCAGUGAACGAACCUCAGUUCUGUGUUGAUUUCUUGAAUCUACAGAUGUGCUUUAAUACCGAAGAGAUAUUCUGUUUGUGAUGAGAAUACAUGCCAAUCAUCUCA